AUGUUCAGCCUCGACGCUCCACUGCAACCGGCGGUGGAAGGGUUUGUGGACCCGGAGAAUGGCGAGUCCCAGCACUCCACUCACUUGAACAACGUUAUUAUGCAGAUCCACCGCAACACGUCCAUUCAAGACCUGAUUACGCUGCUCGGACCGCAACUCACGCACGUCCAGGACAAGCGAAGGUCACGAGCGACGUUGUUGCUGGCCGAGGUGCUCACGAGAUUGCCCGAACUCAAGCUCACUCCUGAAACGACCCACCUACUUCUUUUCUUCUUCGUGGAGCGUCUCUCGGACACCCCAAGCCUCGGGCCUUGCUUGAAAGCAUUGUCGGCGUUGCUAUUGUUCCAUGCGGCCGCCGUUCCCGCCGCCGACAUUCUUCUGCUUCUCGAAUCGCUGUUCUCUCUCCCUUCGCCAAUCCCAACUUUGGGCCAAGCAAUGCGAAAGCAAUGCUUUGAACUGAUGAGCAUUGUCUUGCGGUUGAACGUCGUGGACGCGCAUGGACCCCGCGUGCUCAUGGAGGGUUUCCUCGCGGCCAUGGACGGCGAAAAGGACCCGCGCAACUUGCUCUUGUGUCUGCAACUCGCAAGUUCGUUGCUUGCGGCAUUUCCGAGCCACGUGGACCGUGACCUCGCCCUUCUCUUCUUCAACAUCACGUCGUGCUACUUUCCCAUCACGUUCAAGCCGCCACCAAACGACCCGUACGGCAUCACGUCCGCGCAAUUGGUCGCCGCUUUGCGCAACGUAUUUGUCGGCCACGACUUGAUGGCCAAGCACGUCGUGCCCAUGGUGCUGGACAAACUGAGCCGCACCACUGUCACCGACAUGACGAUCGAUAUGCUGGAUACCCUCGCGUUCUGCUGCACCAAAUACCCUCUGAAUCGCCUCCUGACGCAAUUCCAGCCCGUUGCCACGGCCGUGUACCACCAUGUUCUCCAUGGCGACAAUCAGGGUGUCAUCGCGGCGGCCACCGCCACGUUGCGCACGAUCGCCAAGGUUGUGUCGCCGCCCAGCUCCCUCCCCGGCAUGCAGGCACUGGCGUGGAACAAAUUCGUCGUCCACGUGGUGCAGACAGCCCUUCGCGAUAUGCAAGAUCAAGCCAUGGACUCGAUGGUGAGCUUGCGCGCCGCCACCGUCCUCACGGGAGUCGCCGCGCAGUCCGCUGCCGGCCUCGCGUUCGUGCUAGAGUCGAGUUUGCCCUUCUUGCUCAGCCGCGUCGAGGCAGCAAAGACAGCAAUCACGUCGAGUUGUUCGUCGUCGUGCUGCUCGACGCCCUCGUCGUCGCAAUUGGAGGCCGCGCUGGCAUGUAUCGUGGGGCUUCUCGAUUGCAUCGAUGUCGACGUGGACCACGUCACACCGCCCAUCCUUGCCCACGUUGAGUCGAUCCUAACAGCACUUGUCGAGAGCUUCCAUUUUGCAUCGACGCAACUCGCGGCGACUUCGACCUCCUCCCGCCCCCAACGUCUCUGCCUUCAAGGAUUGGCGAAAAUCGUGCUCCGUCCGCCAUCCCCCGUCCUCCAUGAACCUUCCGUUCAUUCCCUUGUCGAUCUCUGGACAACCAUCGUCCUCACACACCCCGCCGCCGAUGUCCGCGCCGAAGCCACUGCCGCCCUCAAAUCGACGGCGAUCAAAUCGACUGUGCUGGCGCAUUACGUCCGUGCGAGAUGUCUCCCUCCUCUCAUGCAAGUUGUAGAAUUCCCCCAGGCAUGCGCUUCGUCGCAGCGGUCGGUGGACGACGCGCACAAAGAUGUCUUGGCCGUGAUGUUGGAGCUGUCGACGGAGCCGUCCAUGUUCAUGGCACUGGUGCUGCCGAUGAGUCAACUCGCGCUCGGUGUGACGUCGCACGGCGCAGCGCUUCACAUGCAUCCAUACGCCAAGGACAUUGUGGCGGCAGUGGCCAGCAUCGUUCGUCAGAACCAAUCGAAUGUCCAGUGCGUCGAUGCGUGCGUGUUGCCGACCGAUUCGACAAUCACGCCGCUUGUGCAAUUGCUCGUCGACUCGGUGGUACACAACGUUCGCCAGCAACAUGACGUGUCGGUGGGGGACGCGGUCUCCGCGGCGCUGGUGCCGCCGACGGCGACAAUUCUCGGUGUCGUCAUGCAGCACGGGUCCAGCCAAGCCCAGGAAACGCUCCUGCAAUACGUAUUGUCGCUCUUCUUGGCGGCCCAUGCGUCCGAAGCGGCCCUCCAACUGAUGCCGCUUUUGGGCGCAGUGCUGUACUCGUCCGGUGCCGCCUUGGCCACGAUCGCACCGUCGCUGCCGACGUUGGUACCGUUGCUGUUGGAGCUGGCGCAAGGCGUUGCCACGUCGGCGGUGCAACACGCCGCGCGAACGUGUGCUUUGAAGUCGAUUGCGUCGCUCUUCAAUGCCAUGCCGGACGAUGCGCUGCUCCAGCACUACCUCGAUCACGUCACUUCAAACAAACGACCGACCGAUCAACAAGCCGACCCCGUUGCCGCCGUGGUGCACGACGCCGACCAGCCCAUCGAUCGACGGCUCUCGGCGCUGCAAUUGUAUCUGCACGUGACAAAGGCGAUCGUGCUUCGAGGCCACGCAACGUACGUGCCGAUCGUGUUUAAUUUUUUGUGGGCGCUCCUGUCUGUGGACGAGCUCAAGAUCCACGUCGCGCAAGGGUUUCAUUUGAUUGUGCAAGAUUUCCCUGACGUGUUGGGCUCUGUCAACCACGCCAUCAUCAGUCCUGUCCAUCGCCAGCGCUCGUUCUCGCUGCUUUUCCCGCUUCUGUCGUCGAAAGAAGGCAUGAACAUGGAAAAGCGAGUGGUAACCCUCCUCGUUGUGGCGCAUACGCCCCACGCGAUCCUGCUGCCGCACGUCCACGACAUCUUGCCCCUCGCUGUCGACGCGCUCAACCAGAAGGAACAACCGUACGCCGCGCUCGUUGGUCACCCCGCGCUCGUCACGUUUGAGAUGUGUUUUGAGCACGAUCCGCAGCUCGUAUACGGCUACCUCAACCAAGUUUUUCCAGGCCUGUUGUGGCAGGCAGAGCACUGUGUCGCCGUCAAGGACCGAGUGGCCGCGCUCGCGUGCCUGAGCGGCCUCGCCAAGUCCAAGUACGAGCUCAUACAUCCGCACAAGGAGCGCGUGAUCAAAGGCCUUCUCGGGCCCCUCGACGACCGAAAGCGCACCGUGCGCCAGGCCGCGGUCAAAGUUCGCAAUGAGUGGUCGAUUUUGUAA